ACGACGACGACGACGACGAGAAUGCUUCGCUGACGCUCUCCCCGUGCUCCUCGCCGGCUUUGAGGCUGAGCCGCCGCAGGAGCUUCUCUGAUCCGGUUCCGCCGCCGCCACCGCCGCCCGUUGGCUUCGCCGCCACGCCAACUCCACUCUCCGCAGUAAGCUGCCAUAAAGAGAUGGACUCUCAGGAGGUGUUUAGUGCUGCUAGUCUUACUGAUGAUCUAGUGGUUGAAAUUCUGUCCCGAGUGCCGUUGAAGUCUUUUUGUCGUUUCAAAUGUGUGUGCAAGGCCUGGCUUGCCUUCUCCUCUAAUACACAUUAUCAGCAGAAACUGCCAAAAUUUCCCACUGGUUUUUUUAAUGGAGGCAAAGGCGGGUCUGCUAUCCAGCUUGUUAGCCUCUCCCCAAAUGAUGAGCAAAUUGAUGGAUCUCUUACAUUCUUGCCGCACUACAAACAUUUGGAAUUUGUGGACUCUUGCAAUGGUCUAGUUCUUUGUAAGUACAGGAGCACCUAUACUUCUUCAGAUAUUUGCCGCUUCGUGGUGUGCAACCCGGCAACACGAGAGUGGAUGACACUGCCUGAUACUUACCAUGAGACGUAUCUGUAUGAAUUCCAGUAUACUACUAUCUUGGCCUUCGAUCCAUCAUGGUCACCACAGUUCUCUGUCUUGUUCUUUAAGAAGAAGUUUGGUGUUGGUGGGCGAUUUGGUAUCAGCAAACUUUUGGUGUUUUCUUCUGGCUUAUCCACAUGGCUUGUGGAUAAAGGAUGGAAUUCUACAAUAGCGUUACCGAUGGAUAAACAGUACUUUUUUAUAGGUGGAAAGUUGCAUCUGAAGACAGUUAACAAUGAUAUUCUGGUGUUAGAGGGUUUUGAUGCAAUGAGGUUUGGCAUACCACCCCAUUAUUUUAGUAUUGAGUUACCGCAUGACGUUUGGUGUUUCGAGGAUGGUUGCUUUGGCCAAUCAAGGGGGUUCUUGCAGUGCGCAUUUCCAGAGAAGGGUGAUCUUGCAAUUGCAGUUUAUAGUCUUGACACUUAUCAUCCUAAUGGGUGGUCUCUGAAACAUCGUUUUAGUAUGCAAGAUGCAUUUGGAAGGGAUGACUUUCUUCAUAGUGAUGAUGGAAGCCUGCAGUGGCCGUGCAAUUAUCAUGUAGUAUCUCUUGACCUUGAAAGAGGGGUUAUCUUCCUCGUCGAUAGUGCGACUAAAAAGCUUUUGUCGUACAACAUCAAAACUGGGAAACAUAGCGAGAUCCAUGAUGAUUAUGAUUGCCAUUAUUUUGGUGCACGCUAUGCCAACCAAUACUAUGUGGCAUCCUACUCAAAGCUUCCAGGCUGAGCAGAGCAAUGUAUGUGAUGUAGUGAGCAGCAGCAUCUCUUGUUGUCUUGUGCUGUAUUAUAUUGUGUGUACUCCAUCCUUUCUUUAUUUUUUCAUUUCAGUGCUGCAUGCCUCUGUAUCUCCUCUAUCAAGCACAAUAAACCUGUGAAUG